GAACCCAUACUUUUAUUUACUGAUUAUGGCUUCAUUAGUACAUAGUUUGUUUUAGCCAGUGUUGUUAUAGUAAAGAGUCCCGAAUAUUUGAUUUGUCUUAAAUGUCGACAUUAGCUAAACCGGGAAUAAAAUAUCAACCUCCUGACUGGUUUACAAACUCUUUCGCAUUAAGUGCCAAUUCUCAACGUCAGCGAGAGGCAUCAGAGCAAAUCAGACAAGAAACACGUUCUUUACGCCUAGCAGCUGCUCUUAAGUCUAAAUGGGAUGAAUUUAACAACACAACAAGACUUGCAGACAGAAUCAAUGCCAUAAAAGACUUGAAAGAUAUUUUGGAAUUAGCUCACUCACAAUUGGAUGCGGAAAUAUCGAUGGUCAAUUUAGGGAAAGAAGCAGUUGAAAAACAAAUGAGAAAUAUAAUAACACCCAAAGAAUGCGUUACAGAGUGUCUCACACUCAGGGACAAACGCAAAAGAAUAGACAACGUUGAGGACGCACCAGAAGUUCAGUUAAAGAAAGAAAAAGAGGUGAUUGAUAAAUCCAAUAAAAAACUUCAGCAGAAAGUGGAUGAGGCAUUUGAACGAAUGAUUCUUCUUAAAGAGGCUAGGCAGCAAGUAUUACUUGAUCUACAGGAUAAGCAUGCUGCCAUGGACAUCGACAUUGAACAGUACAAACUGAGACCUAAUUGUCCAGGAGUUUCUUUCAAGCCCAACCCAACGCGGAUUCCAAAAGGGACAACUACACCACAACAAUGGGAAGAAUUCACAAGAUACAACUGGAAGAGAGCUCAGGCGGAAAUUCGCUCAGGACAACGAUUACGUGAAGCGAUAUACCUAACAUUAUGCCAAGUAUCGAAUGACUUAGAGGCUCAAGCGCAAGCAACAGAAUUUGCACUAAGACAACGAAAACAUGAUUUUGAACAAGCGCUCGAUGAAUUAAAAUGGCAAAAAAAACAGAUUGAAGACGAAAUGUCUGAAAUGGAAAACGAUUUAGAUCAACUUGAAAAAGCUAUUCAAGGUCUAAUACCAAUGGGAAAACUUGCACAAACAAGACUUGAAAGACGAACCUAUCGACCAGGUGUUGAAUUAUGUCGUGAUUCUGUUCAAUAUGGUUUAACUGAUGAAGUAAGACAAAUUGAAGUGACAAAUGAAGCCUUAUUAGAGAAACAACGUCAAGCAAGACAUGCACUCAAUGCUUUACAUAAACAAUUAAAUCGUAUUAAUGAUGAUAUUACAUUAAAAGAAGAAAGUUUACAAAUAGAAAAUGAUUGUUUAAACUUACGUCAUCAACGUAUGGAUCGUAAACAACCUGAAAAUGACUUCAAUCCAAAUGAAAUGGAAUCAUAUAAAUUUGAAGACAAAAAACUUAUUGAUAAACCGCCAACAUUUAUUGAACGUCAUGUAGCUGAGAAACUUCUUGCAUAGAAGUGAACUGUUCCAAAAAUGAUGAUGAUAAUAAUGAUCACAUCUUUAUUGUUAGACCUUUUUCAGUUUCAUGUUUGGAGUAUCUUUAAUUUGUUUGUUAUUUACUUAAUAAUUUCCAUUUGUCUUA